GCCACGGAACAGGUUCAGGGGACCCCAGGGUAACUGGCAGAAAUGGUCAAUUUUCGAUGAUGAAAGAACCCCAUCAUGCGACACCUCAAAAUUUGCACAAUUCCGUGUGUAAUCCAAUAGAACCAAAAAUUAUAGAUUUACCCAAUGCUGGACACCCGGUGGCCACGGAACAGGUUCAGGGGACCCCAGGGUAUCUGGCAGAAAUGGUCAAUUUUCGAUGAUAAAAGAACCCCGUCAUGCGACACCUCAAAAUUUGCAUAAUUCCGUGUGUAAUCCAGUAGAACCAAAAAUUAUUGUUCUACCCAAUGCUGGGCACCCGGUGGCCACGGAACAGGUUCAGGGGACCACAGGGUAUCUGACAGAAAUGGUCAAUUUUCGAUGGUGAAAGAGCCCCAUCAUGCGACACCUCAAAAUUUGCACAAUUCCGUGUGUAAUCCAAUAGAACCAAAAACUAUAGUUUUACCCAAUGCUGGGCACCCGGUGGACACGGAACAAGUUCUGGGGACCACAGGGUCUCCGACAGAAAUGGCCAAUUUUUGAUUCCAAAAGAAUCCCAUCAUGCGACACCUCAAAAUUUGCACAAUUCCGUGUGUAGUCUAGUAAAACCAGAAAUUAUAGUUUUACCCAACGCUGGGCACCCGGAGGCCACGGAACUCCACAGGAUCUCUGGCAGAAAUGUCUUGUCCCUUGUGAUUAAGGGUUAAAACAAGCUUAUCAACUUUCCACUUUAAUUUAGUUGUCUCUCAACCGAUUCUUCUUUUUUCAAGUAUGCAAUUUAAAUAGUAUCUGGGAUUGUAAGUAUAAUGAAAUUGAAUUCUACCUUAUAUUUUUAAGAUCUAUUUUCAGAAAAUACUGUAUCUUCCUAUAAAUAUUUUAAAAUCAGUAUGCCUUCAAGAAAAGCAUCUCCCGGAUACAUCAUAGUAUAUGAACAGUCUUCUUGAAUUUAUCCUCAAGGUGUAUUCGCUUCUUUUAAGUUUUUAAAAAACAUAAAAUAAAUUCACAAAAUACCGUAUCUUCAUAUAUAUAUAUAUAUAUAUAUAUAUAUAUAUAUCCUCAAAAGUUGGAAUUUAUAUACGAGAAGUUCAUUGGAACGUCACCACAAACACCAAACACGCCAAACGGAAUCCUCUCUAAAAUGUAUUCAAGAUCUAAAUAUUCAUUCUAAGCUUUAAAGUUUCAUGUAACAAAACUCUGAUUUUCUGUGAGAAAAUCUACGGAAGAUCAAGUGUGUAAGUGUUUGCAUUGUCCACUUAGAAUCCGUACGCGCUGCAUAUUUUCUAGUGACACGCUUAGUUUACUCAUAAACUAUUCCUCUUUUAAUGGUGAAAAUUUCACCGGUUUUCGUACAACGAAUCAAAAGAUAUACCAGAAUGAAAAUAAGACGAACAAAAAAAUCUAGCACAAACGCCUUGAAAAUUCAACAUUUUCAAGCGCGACUAUAGCAAAAAGCUUAAAUAUCGCCAAAACUAUCAUUUGUUACGCGCUCAAAUGUUAUUGAUCAUGACAUGAGAAGAUGUCCCCUGCCGAUUGGAGUUCGUGUUCAUGGAGAAAUUUACUACGAAUAUCAUGGCAUGGCGGGUAGUCCUCCUUUGGACACCGUUUUAGUAACAACAUGAUGAUCAACUCAAAAUUGUACAAGAUCUAAAGCCUCAGAAAUCACUAGCAAUUUUUAAAACACCGCAAAGGACCAAAGAAGAUUUGGCUUGGAUUCGAAAGUUGUCACUACAGUCGAAAGAUUUUCAGAGGCAACGCAAAAAUUGAGUAGUGUUUUUCAAAAUAACUCUUUCAUAGUCUCCAAUAUACUACAUCCAUUCAAACGCCCCCAUUUCCAUAACUGAAAAAAAUACUGGUCAAAACGAUUAGGAAUCUAAGAAAGACAGGAAAACCGACUCCGGACACUGCACUAUAAAAUAUGUUUCCAAAAAAGCUUGAUACUACAAAUUUUACAGUUAGACAACUUUUGAAGGAAGUUUACAUUAGUAAAAUUAAAAAAUAAAAGUAAUAAUUUUAAUGAUAUUUUUUCAUGAAGGCGCUCUAAAAUAUGCAUGUUUUGAAAGGUUGACAUUUUCACAAGCCAGUUUAUUCCAGAGAUAUUCGUGAUUCCGUGUGUACGGAUUCUAAAUGGACAUGAUUUAUGUUAAGGAGCAUCCAUUUAGUACGUCAUGCACAAUUUAGGACUUUUAGCCACUCUCCCCCAUUCGUGCGAGGUUUUCGUAUAUUUGAUAUAUUUUCCGAGCCCACCCUCCCCCUUAUAAGCGUGACGUACUUUAUGGAUCCCCCCUUUCUUCUUCUAUUUCCUUCCAUUACUAAUAUCAUCACUAAAUGUGCUGCGAUUGUUUCCUACGACGGAUGUCACACAAUUAUGCAGCAAUAAUUACCGUAAAACUGGGUAACAUUGAUUAGCGGUGUAACUCACCUUGAUUUUUGUCGUGGAAUGUUCAAGAUUUGAUUUUUCCUGAAGAAUAGUCAAGGUGAUCAAAGGUUCCCCGCUGAUCAAUGUUACCCCGUUUUACGGUACUUCUCCCUAUCAAGAAUUCGAUAUAGAUGGUAGAGAAUAAUGCGAUAGGGUAGGUGUUCCAAUAUUCGCUGCCCCCAAGCAAUUCUUAUGGAGGGUGGUGAAUACUGGAGCAGGAGUGGCAAUACUGAUUUAUGGAGCUAAAAUUUUAUGAAAACUUUUUUAUUCUUAAUUUUUUUGAGUAAACUUAAAGCAUCCAAAGCAUCCAGCGUUUUCAUAUCAUUUGGAUGUGUUUUACUUUACAAAAAAAUCAUUCAUAUCGAUCUAUACAGCGAAAGGCUGAAUAAUACAGGGUGGCGAAUACUGCUACAUGGCGAAUUCUCGAACACCAACCCUAUAUGGAAUCAUGCGAUAGUGUGUGAUAAUGGCUUACGAGUAGAUCAACAAUGCAACACCGCACUGCCUAGUGCUAUUCGAAUCUUUGUCUCAGUCGGACUCGUGGUCGUGAUUCUUCGCGCCGAUAACAAAGUUACGGUUGUUUUUAUUUCACAGUGCAAAAAAUACGCGAAUAUUUUAAAGUUUUGAUCAUUUUCUUUAACAUUAAAUUAAUUCAAGCGUGUCGAUAUCAUAAAAAGUUUAUUUUUUACAGAAAAAGAUACAAUUAUUUUUAAAAGCUUAAUCUCGGUUUAUUUCUACCGAGAUUUAGACAGCCGAACAGUACUCCGAAAGAAUGAAAAUGUUACUGGACAUGGCCAACUUUCAUCUAAAGAAAAUAAUUUUUGUCUAAAACAAAAUUCCGUUGUAAACUUUUAAAACUCAAAUAUGGUUUUGUUGCAUUUGAUACUUUGGGCUGUUUGGUUGAUGCUCAGGAACCAAUGAUAAAAUUUUGUUUACUUUCGAUAGCCUAAAAAAUGUUGCGCAGUGUUUGUUAUGAAUUAUUUUGGCUGAUUACUUCUAAUAUUCCAUGUCGUUUUAGCUGUUCUAAGUGCGUCGCUAAUAUAAAAAGUAUUCGAAAAGAACGCUGAAAUCAAACGUUGAACACAAAACGUUACUGCGUCCGAAUAAAAAAACAGAUAUUUUUUUAAUUGAUUUCUAGUUCAAAAAAAUUGUGUUUUAAUAGUGAAUUGUACAAAACAACAUAAAAACACAAUGCAUGCCUGGUUUGGAAUCUAGGAACAGAUAGAAAAUACUAAAAUUUCUUACAAAACAACAUUUUUGCACAUUUUUCCAAACCUGCUUUUCAGAAACAACUCGAGAAUUAAAAUUCGAAUUGUUAUGACUUACAGAAUACCAUUUAAAUCCAAUCAGCAACUGAAGUUCUACAUUUUAAGACUGAAUUAUUAAACACAAAAAAGUAGAUUUAUCACCCCACUUACGAUUUGAUUUGUUUUUAUUGUUAAGUAAAGUUAAGUAAACCAGUUUAUAUAAGAAAAAAGCUUUUAUAUGGAUUGUAUCGUAAAAUAAUUAGCAAUGUUUAUGACGUUAUAUCUCAACACUGAAUUAAAUAAGUCUUUUUAUUUCGGUUCUACUAGCAAAUCUUUACGAUUUAGUUAAAUAUGAGUCCAACAUUUCUUUAUUUUAGAAUCUUAAGUAUUAUUGAAGUAUGGAUAGAUUAAUGCAUGUCACAAAAUAAAAAUCUGAUCAAAAUUCGGUUUCUUAAAAUAUUUCCUCGCAAUUAAAUAGUUUGUAGCGAGUAAAAUUUGUAAUGAAAAAAAUGUGGAAAAAACAUCUUGUUGGGGAUUACGCACACUUUAUAUAUUACAUAACACCGGUUUUCGAAAUAGAUAUUUUCUAUACAAAAAACAUCAUCAACUUAUUAUCGGACUGUAAAAAAAGCGUAAAUUUAGUUCUUUGCUAUAACUACUCCUCUAUUAUGUACAUCGAAUAAUAAAAAAAGGUUUUUUCGCUUUGUAUAAUUUUAAUUGACAUCAACGUGAUUAGAUGGAACACCAUCAAACUGAAUACCUGAAAAAUGCGUUAUUUUCAGUGAUUCGAAAUACUUUAAAAUUCAGAGGAAAUUGUCCUUGGUGAUCGUGAGAAUUGUACCUAUGUAUGUAUUUGCUUAAUGAGCCGGAUUUUUGUUUUUUCUUAUACUUGCUUCCACAUUUUUUUUGCAAAUUAAUUUUUUUGUGCCGAAUUUUUAAAACAUGUGUUUAGUUUUCGAGCAAAGCUCAAGUAAAAUGACUAUUUCUAGAAAGUUGCAGUUCGAUUUCUUUUUCAAUGAUUUAUACUAUAUUUCUAAACAUCAAAUUACUAUUUUUGGGUAUUUGGCAUCUCAGUCUGAUUUGGUCAAUCAAAAACAACUAUAUGUUUUCUUAGUCCGACGUUUCGGUUCUUAAGGUCCAAUAAAUCAGACUGAGAUGCCAAAAACCCAAAAAUAUUAUCCAACGUACAGUCGAUCAUCCAGUUAACCGUUCAGCUAUCGCGCGAUCAGCCGUCCUCUGCAGCACCGCGCUGUUGCUGUGUACAACGAACGAGCUUUUUUAAGCGAGUUUUACACAAUACAACAGCGCGAUCAGCGAAAGGUUAAACAUCAAAUUACUUGUAUGUUGAACCUAAUCUUUUGAAGCCGUUUUCAUCAUUGCUAAUAACUUUUCGAUACAGUCCUUAUACGAAUGCUUUGCUCGGCAAAAUUACAGUUUCUGUUUCUGAAUCAGUAGUUGUACUUGAGUUCAAGUGUGCUUAGUAAUAAGAAUCCAAAGUGCCUAGAACUGAAAUACAAAAAAAAAUGUCAUCGACCGAAUGUCUCCACUCACCUGACUCAUUUUGCUACGUCUGUGGAGAGUUUAUAAGCUCCCGUGUGAAAAAGUGUUCAAUUUCUGAUGGAGCUAAAUUAAGACAAGCAUACCAAGAAUAUUUUGGCCUGGAAAUCAAAAACCAAGACAAAUAUUGGGUUCCACAUUUCGUUUGUCAGAGUUGUGCUGUUGGAUUGCUUAGUAGGUUUUAGAUAAAUUGACAAUUUUAUUAGUAACAAUAUUUCAAACGCGCGUAAUUUGUUGGAGUUCUGAUAAACCGAACUAUUUGCCAUUUUGAAUAAUUUCCACUGUUUUUAUCCGUAAAUUGCCGGAAAACAAUUUCCGUAUGUGUUGUGGGUACGAAUUUCUUCUACAGAAUGUUAGUAAUAUAGUUCACAAUUAAUUGGGAUGAACAACUUUCUUAUCAGUUAGGUCUAGUAUGUUUGCCACCAUCGAUGGUUUUCAUAUGGUAAAUAGUUCGGUUUAGCAGAACCCUGACCAAUUGCUUUUGAAAACAACUCUAUUUUAAAGCCGUAGGUCGUACUUUAGCCCUACUAUACAAUUCACUAUUUGAAAAGUAGAGAUGCUUUCAGCCAUCUAAAUAAUGAAUUUAUUUAAAAAUUCUUUCUACUAGAAUUAGUAUAAACCUCUUUUAUAUAGUGGCUAUGGAUUUUAGGUAGGACUGAAAUACGACUUGACAGAAAAGGCCGUCUUCAAAAGCAAUUAUGCCCUGUUGAAAUUUUGAUACCGCAUUUGAGCUUUCUAGCUUAUUUUUCAAUAGAAACAAAAAAAAAUAUAAUAUGUUUUCUCUUCAAAGAACCAGCAAAAGAUAGAUCAGCAAGGUUGAAAUUUGACAGGCCAAGAAUUUGGAGUCAGCCAACUAGCCAUCAAAAUGACUGUUAUUUUUGUUUGGCAAAAAUCUUUCGCGGGAGGAACUUAAAUAUUUAUCCAAAUAUUCCUUCAUCACAAGCUCCAACCCUGUAUGCUGGACCAAGCGGAUCUGGUCUAAGUCGCACAAAUGUCUCUGCAACUGGUGAUGCUCGAAGGGUUUCAACUUCAGAUAUGGAAGAACAACAAGUGGCAGCAGCUGAACAGAUCGUCGAUCAUACUUCAGAAAACGUUGCAUCAAGUGUUAAUCAGAAAUUACGGCCUGUUGACAAUGGCAAACCAGAGAUGCUUUGGCGAUCUGAUGACUGCAAUCAUCAUCCAGAUGAUUUUUGUUACAUUUGUGGUUACUUUAUUACCAGGACAACAACCAAACAUACAUUGCGAAAAGAUACCAAGUUAUAUGAAGCAUACAAGCAAUAUUUCAACAUCGAAGUCGAACAUCAAGAUAAACAGUGGGUGCCACAUUAUGCCUGUCAUAAUUGCACAAGACGGUUGCAUGGUUGGUACCAAGGAGAAAACAGAUUAAUGGAAUUUGCUGUGCCUCGGAUUUGGCAUUCACCUUCAAAUCAUCAAACCGACUGUUAUUUUUGUGUUGUGAAUUUGGCUAGUGGUCAAAAAAAGUCAACUUACCCUGAUAUCCCUUCAUCACGUGCGCCAAUUCCACAUUCCGCUGAACGCCCCAUACCUCAACGUACCUGUGAAACGGCUGUUAGUACCACUACAAUAUCGACAGUUAGUGGAAGUUCUGUCCCAAGUAGUGAGUCUUUACAACUUCAAGGAGGAGUGCUCAAUAUUCCACAUUAUCCGAAUCAAACGGAAAUAAAUGAUUUGAUUCGUGACCUUGCACUCCCUAAAAACAAAAGCGAAUUAUUGUUAUCUAGGCUGAAGCAAUGGAGUUUGCUGGAUGAAUCCGUCAGAAUAACAUCCCAGAGAACUCGCGAUGAAGAGUUUUCCUCCUAUUACACCAGCGAAGAUGGAAUUUGCUUUUGUAGAGAUAUCGAGGGUCUAUUUUCUGAAAUCGGCAUUCCAUUGAUUGUAAGAGACUGGCGGCUCUUUAUUGAUGGCUCUUCAAAAAGUUUGAAGGUUGUGCUACUGCACAACCGCGUAAAAAGCGAGCAGUACCCAUCUCUACCCAUUGCACACUCCAUUCUCCUGAAAGAAAGUUAUGCCACAACAAAAUUGUUAUUCAACAAAAUUCAGUAUGAAAAAUUUGGUUGGGAGGUAAUAGGCGACUUUAAAAUGAUUGGUUUCCUAAUUGGAUUACAAGGAGGGUAUACUAAAUUCCCUUGUUUCCUGUGCCUGUGGGACAGCAGAGACACAGAGAACCACUAUAAAAUUAAAAAUUGGGAAAUCAGAGCCCAAUACAAAAUCGGCGAAAAAAAUGUUAAAAACGAUCCAGUAGUGAACAUGGAAAAAAUUUUAAUGCCACCUCUUCAUAUAAAACUUGGUUUGAUUAAGCAAUUCGUGAAAGCAUUGAAUAAGGAUUCGGAAUCAUUUAAGUUUAUAACAAAACUGUUUCCGAAACUUUCCGAGGCAAAAAUAACUGCCGGUGUUUUUACAGGACCACAAGUAAAAAAACUUAUAAAAUCGGAAUCGUUUCCGAAAUUAUUGAAUGAGAAAGAAAAGGCAGCCUGGAAAAGCUUUCGAGAUAUAGUUCAAGGAUUUUUAGGGAAUAAUCGUGAUCCAAGAUAUGAGGCCAUAGUACAUGAACUGAUGAAAAAUUUUGAAACCAUGGGGUGUCGAAUGUCACUAAAGGUGCACAUUCUUCAUUCUCAUUUGGAUAAAUUUAAAGAAAAUAUGGGUGUAUACUCAGAGGAACAAGGCGAACGUUUUCAUCAAGAUAUAAAACAUAUGGAGCAACGAUAUCAGUGCCAAGCAACAUCGAAAAUGAUGGGUGAUUAUGUGUGGAGUCUCAUGCGAGACACAACAACGGAGUAUACGCGUCAACCUAUUUCGAAAUUGCAUUUUUAAGUAUAUUAUAGUAUGUUAUUUUUCAAAUAAAAAUGUGUGCAAAAUGUGUAUAUUCGAAAUAUAUUUCCUAAAAUGUCUCAUUCGCA